AUGGAGAAUUCGACUUUCGAUACAACAAAUUGCAGCAAUCUCAUUCACGAAUUGCUACAAAAACAGAGGCAAAUUGAGACUGAAUUUGAAAUCGAUUUAAAUCGAUCGAUUAUAGAAGAAGAAGAAACUAAUUGUUUUGGAGAUGAAUUCGUACCAAUAUUCAACAAUCCAGACAAUGCAGAUGAAGCAAUUGAGAAUGCAGAAGACGCAAUUCACAAUGCAGAAAAUCAAGUGGUUCCUGAUAAAUCAAUUGAUUCAAAUUCAGAACAAACAACCAAAUCAGAUGCAACUGAAAAUCUUAGAGGAUCAUUUGUUGGUAUGGUAAGAGAAACUUUUGAAGAAAUUUUGGAAUUGUAUGAAAAACAUGCUGCUAUACUGGGGUUUUCAAUAAGAAAACAUACAACUAGAUUCAAACAACACACAAAAAUAGUAACUGAGAAAAACUAUGUGUGUUCUGCUGAGGGAAAGAGACAUUUAGGUCAGAAGAAAACAAAGUUAGUUGAAAUGGUUGAUGAAGAGGAUGUAAAUGUAAAAACAAGAAAGCCAAGACAAGUAUCCAUUACAAGAUCAAAUUGCAAGGCAUGCAUAAGAGCAAAAGUGAAUAAAGAAGGACAGUUUGAGGUGGUGGCUCAUGUUAUUCAGCAUAACCACAAGCUAACAAAGCCACAGUGGCAUUAUUUGCAUCGUUCUGAAAGAAAAAUGACAGAGGAAAAAGUUGUAACAAUCAAAACAAUGAAAUCUUCAGGUGUAACUACAAUGGACACUUACAAUUACAUGGCUACAGAGGCUGGAGGAGAACAGAAUAUAGGCCAUAGUGUUGUAGAUCACCUGAAUUUCUGCUCAAGGUUAAGAAUGGAACAAAUUGAGGCUGGAGAUGCUCAAACUUUAGUGAACAUUUUAAGUCAGGAACAAUCAGAGGAUCCAAACUUCUCUUUUAGAGUGAAGUUUAACAAAGAAGGAAGAAUUUGCAAUAUCUUUUGGAGAGAUUCAAUGAUGCUAGAAGACUAUAGGAUAUAUGGAUAUGUUCUUGUCUUUGAUACAACAUACAAAACAAACAGAUAUAAUCUUAUAUGUGCUCCAUUUGUUGGCAUAAAUAACCACUGGCAUAAUUGUAUGUUUGCUUGUGCUUUUAUUGGGGAUGAAACGACAGAUUCAUUUGUGUGGUUACUACAAACCUUCUUCAAAGCUAUGGAGGAUAGAAAACCAACUUCAAUAUUCACUGACCAGGACCAAGCAAUGGCAAAUGCUAUACUGGAGGUGAUUCCUAAUACAAGACAUAGACUUUGUAUAUGGCAUUUGGAGCAAAAUGCCAUAACCAGAUUUGGAGCUCUUAAAAAAGACAAAGAAUUCAAAUUUGCAUUCAACCAGUGCUUAAAGAUGUGUGUGACAGAACAAGAAUUCGAAGCAAAGUGGCAAGCAAUGUUGCAAAAAUAUGAGUUGACAGAACACUCUUGGUACAAAAGAGUGUAUGAGUUGAAAGACAAAUGGUGUCCUGCCCUUUGUAGAGAUUUCUUUUCAGCAGGGAUCUUAUCGUCACAAAGGAGUGAAAGCACUAAUCAUGUCAUAGGAUUCAGAGCAAGUAAAGCAACUACUUUGACAGAAUUUUAUACCAUAUUUAAGAAGACAACUAAUCGUUGGAGAAGCACAGAGAAAUAUGAUGAGUUUACCUGUAGCAAGUCAAUAGCAUUCACUUCAUUGCCUCUAUCUGGAAUGCUAAAGCAUGCCGCACAGGUUUUCACUUUAUCACUCUUCAGAAAUUUUGAAGAGGAGUUUGGAUACUCUAUGGCAACAACUGUUUAG